UGAUGUGAUGCCACUGUCUUUCUUUUCUUCCAACAAGCACAUAUGAACUCUUGCUGCCUUUAGACUGUACAUACAAAAAAGCUUGAUUGUUGGUCUCCACGGGUCACCGAUCGAUUGGCUUCUUCAGGUCGACAAUUUGCUGUGCUGAAAGAUAAGCAUGCAGGAACGCAUUGCUUCUUCGUACUGAGUAAUACCGCAUCACCUCCUCAUUCGUGACCUCCUCCCUCGAUUCCACACAGACUAUCAAGUGGAAACGGAGAAAGCUGCUGUAUAACUAUCGUUCCAGCCUCCUACCUUUGAACAAUGGACACCAAGCUUGACCCUGAAUCGGGAGUGUAUCUAUCAGAUGUCGCACAUCAUACACAGACCCGAUCUUUCUGCGCACGCAACAAGAGUCGCUUGGCCCUGACUCUUAUUGCUGCGUGCCUUCUGGCUGUCUUGAGCAACACUCGUAUGAUUGGUGCUCGUAAAUGCAGUCUCCCACUCUCCAUCGAGCAGCGAGUGGAGAGGAUCUUGACGGAAACACCUCUCAUCGACGGCCAUGAUGACCUUCCAAUUUUCAUCCGAGAAAGAUUCCAAAAUCACAUCUACGACGACAAUUUCAAAACUCCAUUUACCGAAGGCGACUUGGUAGGCCAUGUGGAUCUACCUAGACUAGCCAAAGGCAGGGUCGGUGGCACUUUCUGGAGUGUCUUCGUCCAGUGUCCCGCCAACUGGACCGAUUUCUCCGACGCGAACUACGCGAUCAGCGUCCGCCAGACAAUUGAGCAGGUAGACGUUAUGUUGCGCCUACAGCAGUCUUACCCCGAUACUUUCUCCGCGCCUCCGAAUGGCACGACUGCUCUCCAAGCUUUUCGCGACGGGAAGAUCAUCUCCCCACUUGGGAUGGAAGGGCUACACUCGAUCGGAAACUCAUUGGCCCAAUUGCGAGACUUUCAUGCGCGUGGUGUUUCGUAUGCCACACUCACCCAUAACUGCCACAACCGGUAUGCCGAUGCGGCCCUCGUUGAGAUCCCGGGUGGAAUCAAGAAAGCGGACGCUUUCUGGCACGGAGUCAGCGAAGCGGGUAAAACGCUCGUCCACGAGAUGAACCGACUCGGCAUGAUUGUCGACUUGUCCCAUGUGAGCAAAGACACGAUGCGCGAUGUCCUAGGGGCCGGAAAGGAUGACUGGACCGGCAGCCGCGCGCCAGUCAUCUUCAGUCACAGCUCUGCGCAUGCCGUCUGUCCUCACCCACGCAAUGUCCCUGACGAUAUCUUGGAGCUGGUCAGAGCACGCAGGUCACUGGUUAUGGUCAAUUUCUCUCCGGAUUUUGUUUCGUGCACGGCCUCGGAGGAUCCCAACGGGCUCCCUCAUUUCGAGCCCGAGACUGCCACCCUGGCGCACGUUGUGGAUCACAUUGUGCAUAUUGGCGAACUAAUUGGCUUUGAUCAUGUUGGCCUAGGAAGUGACUUUGACGGCAUACCCACUGUUCCCCAGGGUCUUGAGGAUGUGUCCAAGUACCCGGAUUUGAUCGCGGAGUUGUUGAAGCGAGGUGUCAGUGAUGAGGAUGCAGGAAAGGUAGCUGGAGGUAAUUUGUUACGAGUGUGGAAGGAAGUCGAUGACGUUGCUCUUCAAUUGCAGGCCGGGGGAGCACUUCCAGCGGAGGAUGACUUGUCUCAUGCCUGAAGCUAAUUUGUCAAAUUACUCGACGCGUAUGUCUCGCCUCCCAUUGGACCGGGAGCCAUGCCAUACCGGACAAAUUUGGUAGCAUUCGACCUCCACCUGCUCAAUCACAGCUUAAGUAAACGCAGCUUUCAUGACGUACCAGCAAGGCUUGUUUG